UUAAAAAUCAGAACUAUUGACAUUUCUAGUCUCCUUGUCGCUUCGGGCUGAAGCGCGGAGGGGGAUCUGCGGGCCGAGGGUCCCCCUCCCUGCCCUCGCCAGGGCCGCUGGGUGACACCGAAAUCCAGAGGCUCCCGCCCCUCGGGGGUUCCUCCUCCUGCUUCCCGAGGUGACUGGUUGGCGCGAAGCGAUUGGCGAUCCCGGGCGCGAUCCCGGCCGCGGCUCCCCGCGCCGCGCGGGGUGAAUGGCCGCGGGCGGAGGAUCGGGAGGCGCCGGGCGCAGACCAAUCGCGGCCGCCGGUGGGAGUAUUUGUUAUUCACAUGGAAGAGACUUGGCGCCGGCUCGGCCAGCUCAGCCCCCUCAGCCCGGAGAUCAGCCACAAGUGCGGCCGCUGUGCUCGCCUCACGCGGCGGCGGCGGCGGCGGCGGCGCUGACAUGGAGCUGCGGGCCCCCGGCGGGCUUCCUCACCGCGCCCUCUGCGGGGAGCAGGGAGUAAUUCUGCUACAAGGCUGAUUUCAAGGACAUGAAUUGUUGACCUCAUCCCAACAUCAGAACCUCAGAUGUUCUAAUUUUUGCACCAUUCCAGGCAAGUUGAUCUUAUAAGGAAAUAAAAUUGAACCUUAGGGGUCUGAUGGAAACUCACUGUGACAUUCAAAUCAAGAAAACUUGCUGAUGCCCACAGAGCCUUUUCCCCAUGGGCCCUGAUGGUAGCCUCCAGAAGGUGCAGCCUCAGGUGGUCCCCCUUCUUCUGUGGCAAGAAUAAACUUUGGGUCUUGGAUUGCAAUACCACCUGUGGAGAAAAUGGUAUGUGAGGGAAAGCGAUCAGCCUCUUGCCCUUGUUUCUUCCUCUUGACCGCCAAGUUCUACUGGAUCCUCACAAUGAUGCAAAGAACUCACAGCCAAGAGUAUGCCCAUUCCAUACGGGUGGAUGGGGACAUUAUUUUGGGGGGUCUCUUCCCUGUCCACGCAAAGGGAGAGAGAGGAGUGCCUUGUGGGGAGCUGAAGAAGGAAAAGGGGAUUCACAGACUGGAGGCCAUGCUUUAUGCAAUUGACCAGAUUAACAAGGACCCUGAUCUCCUUUCCAACAUCACUCUGGGUGUCCGCAUCCUCGACACAUGCUCUAGGGACACCUAUGCUUUGGAGCAGUCUCUAACGUUCGUGCAGGCAUUAAUAGAGAAAGAUGCUUCGGAUGUGAAGUGUGCUAAUGGAGAUCCACCCAUUUUCACCAAGCCUGACAAGAUUUCUGGCGUCAUAGGUGCUGCAGCAAGCUCCGUGUCCAUCAUGGUUGCUAACAUUUUAAGACUUUUUAAGAUACCUCAAAUCAGCUAUGCAUCCACAGCCCCAGAGCUAAGUGAUAACACCAGGUAUGACUUUUUCUCUCGAGUGGUCCCGCCUGACUCCUACCAAGCCCAAGCCAUGGUGGACAUCGUGACAGCACUGGGAUGGAAUUAUGUGUCGACACUGGCUUCUGAGGGGAACUAUGGUGAGAGCGGUGUGGAGGCCUUCACUCAGAUCUCGAGGGAGAUUGGUGGUGUUUGCAUUGCUCAGUCACAGAAAAUCCCACGUGAACCAAGACCUGGAGAAUUUGAAAAAAUUAUCAAACGCCUGCUAGAAACACCUAAUGCUCGAGCAGUGAUUAUGUUUGCCAAUGAGGAUGACAUCAGGAGGAUAUUGGAAGCAGCAAAAAAACUAAACCAAAGUGGGCAUUUUCUCUGGAUUGGCUCAGAUAGUUGGGGAUCCAAAAUAGCACCUGUCUAUCAGCAAGAGGAGAUUGCAGAAGGGGCUGUGACAAUUUUGCCCAAACGAACAUCAAUUGAUGGAUUUGAUCGAUACUUUAGAAGCCGAACUCUUGCCAACAAUCGAAGAAAUGUGUGGUUUGCAGAAUUUUGGGAGGAGAAUUUUGGCUGCAAGUUAGGAUCACAUGGGAAAAGGAACAGUCAUAUAAAGAAAUGCACAGGGCUGGAGCGAAUUGCUCGGGAUUCAUCUUAUGAACAGGAAGGAAAGGUCCAGUUUGUAAUUGAUGCAGUAUAUUCCAUGGCUUACGCCCUGCACAAUAUGCACAAAGAUCUCUGCCCUGGAUACAUUGGCCUUUGUCCACGAAUGAGUACCAUUGAUGGGAAAGAGCUACUUGGUUAUAUUCGGGCUGUAAAUUUUAAUGGCAGUGCUGGCACUCCUGUCACUUUUAAUGAAAACGGAGAUGCUCCUGGACGUUAUGAUAUCUUCCAGUAUCAAAUAACCAACAAAAGCACAGAGUACAAAGUCAUCGGCCACUGGACCAAUCAGCUUCAUCUAAAAGUGGAACACAUGCAGUGGGCUCAUAGAGAACAUACUCACCCGGCGUCUGUCUGCAGCCUGCCGUGUAAGCCGGGGGAGAGGAAGAAAACGGUGAAAGGGGUCCCUUGCUGCUGGCACUGUGAACGCUGUGAAGGUUACAACUACCAGGUGGAUGAGCUGUCCUGUGAACUUUGCCCUCUGGAUCAGAGACCCAACAUCAACCGCACAGGCUGCCAGCUUAUCCCCAUCAUCAAAUUGGAGUGGCAUUCUCCCUGGGCUGUGGUGCCUGUGUUUGUUGCAAUAUUGGGAAUCAUCGCCACCACCUUUGUGAUCGUGACCUUUGUCCGCUAUAAUGACACACCUAUCGUGAGGGCUUCAGGACGCGAACUUAGUUACGUGCUCCUAACAGGGAUUUUUCUCUGUUAUUCAAUCACCUUUUUAAUGAUUGCAGCACCAGAUACAAUCAUAUGCUCCUUCCGACGAAUCUUCCUAGGACUUGGCAUGUGUUUCAGCUAUGCAGCCCUUCUGACCAAAACAAACCGUAUCCAUCGAAUAUUUGAGCAGGGGAAGAAAUCUGUCACAGCGCCCAAGUUUAUUAGUCCAGCAUCUCAGCUGGUGAUCACCUUCAGCCUCAUCUCCGUCCAGCUCCUUGGAGUGUUUGUCUGGUUUGUUGUGGAUCCCCCCCACAUCAUCAUUGACUAUGGAGAGCAGCGGACACUAGAUCCAGAGAAGGCCAGGGGAGUGCUCAAGUGUGACAUUUCUGAUCUCUCACUCAUUUGUUCACUUGGAUACAGUAUCCUCUUGAUGGUCACUUGUACUGUUUAUGCCAUUAAAACGAGAGGUGUCCCAGAGACUUUCAACGAAGCCAAACCUAUUGGAUUUACCAUGUAUACCACCUGUAUCAUUUGGUUAGCUUUCAUCCCCAUCUUUUUUGGUACAGCCCAGUCAGCAGAAAAGAUGUACAUCCAGACAACAACACUUACUGUCUCCAUGAGUUUAAGUGCUUCAGUGUCUCUGGGCAUGCUCUAUAUGCCCAAGGUUUAUAUUAUAAUUUUUCAUCCAGAACAGAAUGUUCAAAAACGCAAAAGGAGCUUCAAGGCUGUGGUGACAGCUGCCACCAUGCAAAGCAAACUGAUCCAAAAAGGAAAUGACAGACCAAAUGGCGAGGUGAAAAGUGAACUCUGUGAGAGUCUUGAAACCAACACUUCCUCUACCAAGACAACAUAUAUCAGCUACAGCAAUCAUUCAAUCUGAAACAGGGAAAUGACACAAUCUGAAGAGAUGUGUAUAUUACCCUAAAAUGGGAAAUCAGCUUUUCAAGAGUGUCCCUGAAGAUGACAAACUAUGGAUAGUUUACUUAUUUCCAUGAGUGCCUUCUACUUGUCAUUGGCUAACAACCCUGGCCUUUCCUAACAAAGCCUUCUUCAAAUCCUGACCCCUGACAACUUCUAGGAAGGUGAAGCAAGAAUGAAAGAAGCCAUCUUAAUGAAAGAUGGGGAGAGGAAACAGGUAUGAUUAGUGGGGCUCUGCUUUUCCAUAAACAUCCUAGAAUUUAAUAACCUCUGUCUAUCCCUUACUUCUGUCUGGCAUCCUAAGCUCUGCAGAGCAGGGUAAUGGUGAGUUUGGGACCAUGGGACUCCCUUUCUGUAGGGAGCCCAUUUUCUGAGUAGAGUCUUAGCAGCGCUGGAGCUCAAUGUUCCCUUUGAAGAUCUUUACUAAACUCCUGGAAGAAGAAAUGAGGCAGCACAAGGCAAAAUUAUAAAGUAGAUGAAAUGUGGCUUAUUGGAUUUUCUGUUUUUUGGAUUUUUUUCCCUCACGAUGUUCUCCAAUUUCUUUUUACCUCUUUCCAAUCUCACCCAGGUGACCAAUAUCCUCAGUGUACAUUCUAGGUACUCAGUGAUCCCUUUCCCACGUUCUGUCUUCUGACUCACUAUUACUUUCCUCUGUUCCAAUAAUUCAACCUCAAUUACCUUUCUAUGUCAAACUUCCCUACAUUCCCAACACACACAGAUAUCAUAGAGGCAUAUCAAAGGCCCCAGGGGAAGCUAUCACAGCUGGCUUUUAAGUAAUAAACAAUAUAAUUAAAAUGGUUUAAUCAUUUAUUUUGUUCAGAAAGUACCAGGUACCUGCUAUGUAGCAGACAUCGUGUAGGUGCUGAGAACAUAACAGUAGAAAAAAAUAUUGGUGGCCAUCAUGGCAUUUAUAUUUCUGUAGAAGAGAUGAAUAGUAAACAAGAUAAAUACACAAAUGUAGGGUAUGUUAGCAAGUGAUAAAUGCUGAGAAGAAAAAUAAAUCAGGGAAAGUGAUGGAUAGGAAAAUAGUUUAAGAAGUAAAAGUGUGAAGUGGAGGGCAGGGUUGGAAUGUUAGGUAGGAUGGCUAAGAAAGAUGACAUUUGAGUACAGGUUUAAAAGAUGAGGAAUUAAUCUAGGCAGUGUCUUGGGAAAGAGAAUUUCAAGCUAAGAGCAUCAAGGAGACAGGCCCUGAAGCAGCAGCUUGUCUAGACAAAGCAAAGGUGAAGGAAGGUAGGGGUGCAGUAUAAGAUCUUGUAGAGUCCUGGUCAGCCAUUGAACGACCUUCACAUUUCACCCUUAGUGAUAGGAAAUCAUUACAGGAUUUUGAGCAGAGAAGUAACAUGAUAAGUAUUAAUUUUAAUUGAGUCUUAUCUGAGGUGAGAUUAGCCUUAAAGAAGCCAAUAUCAGGAACACAGUCUUCCAUUAGAAUACUUUUGGAUAAUCUAGGUUAGAAAUGAUCAUGACUAGGACUGGGCAAAGCAGUGGAGGUAAUGAGAAGUGGUCAGACUGGAAAUUUUGAACAAAGGUCUGCCAUCAGGAUCUGCUUUAGUUAUUAUGUUGUCUUCUGGUAUAUAAGCUCCCUGUCUUUCAAGUGCUUGCCUUUUUUUUUUCCAUUCAGUAUUUCAUCCAUUCAGUCAUUCACUUUUUCAUUCUUACUAUAAAAGCAAUGUGAAAAAUCAUGUAUUGAUCAUUAUGUGGGGAUACAAAGAGCUCACUAACUGGGAGUGAUGAUAAUAUCUAAUAAUAACAAUUAUAAUAAGGAGAAUAAUAAUUAUAAUAGUUAAGAUUAUCAGAUACUUAUAUAUCGGACACCUUGCUAAGCGCUGUGGAGUAGGUCUGGCAUUCACCUUAUGGGCUAGGUGCUAUUAUUACUCCUAUUUAUAGAUGAUGAACUGGAAGCAAAAAUUGAUUAGCUAACUUGCUGUAGGUCAUAGCAUACAUAGGUGCACAGCUGGGACUGAGCUGCAGUUUCAGACAAAAUGUGCCAAAUGAGAGUCAGAACAAAAUGCUAUGAGAGCCAGAAUAGAGAUACUCCCAUUCAACUGGGAAAAUUAGGUACAACCCUGUGAAAGAAGUUCCUGGAAUUCUUUGAUUUGGUUGUUGAUAUCAGGUUUCAUGAAUUACAACCUGUUUCUAGGACAGUUAUCAAAUCUUCUUGGCUUUGGGAAAUAGAUUUAGGUUGGGGAAUAUUGUUUGGGUAAAUCCAAGUUAGUGUCAACUUUUUAUUUGACAGUUUUCAUUUUUAUUGAUUUGUCCAUAAUGUGAAGUUUUUAGUUACCCAUGCACAUUGCAAGACCAGAUAUAGAAUGUAGGCCUUUUUCUUUUCAUAGUUCAUGAUUUGUUAUAUUAUAUUGAAAAUUUUUCAAGUAAUAUGAAAAAAAUGAGAAAAAAUGAUAAUACUACUUGAGGGACUUAUUUACAA